AUGGCUUUCAAUUCUCUAUCACUCGAGCUCAAUGAGCAGAUCGCGACAUUUCUAGAAACCGACCGACAGGUGUGCAAUUUCCGACUCAUCUGUCAUGCCACCAAUUCCGCAGUGGACACAUAUCGUUGUGGUGUCUGGCGCGACCGGUACGCUCAGCGUUACGAUAUGCCGGAGAAGAAGGGAGGCCUGGAGAUUGCGAUGCAUUACAAGAUUCGUUCACGGCUACUUCGCAAAAGUGCCAAGUUCUUAAUGGGUCAGGAACUCAGAGAGAUCAGCUGUAUGGAACUCGUAAGAGAUCUCAUUGUUGAGUCAUAUGCAAACCUACCUGUUGGCUGUAAAGCGAAACACCCCUCCAACAACCUCAGUGUGAUCCAGGAAUUCGUGCAACGCUCCAAUAUGCUCAGAAAAAUCUUCCACUGCUUGGAAGAGAAAAGCAACAUGAAUCCUCUCCUCCAGACCUUGCAACUCGUCCUCACGCAUUUGCAGCUGAACAGUCCCUCAGUCAGAGGUAACCCAGCACUUGGUUUUGCAUACUCUCAAUUUGCGGUCUACUCUCACCCCGACGACUUCCCAAUGUUCAGCGUGAAUAGUAUAUGGCAAAUUAGCACAAACCUUCUGCUGCAUAUCGCAAACUUCUUCAAACACCAUUUGACUGAGAAAGGCGAGAAUACUCUGUAUGAGCUAUUCAACCAGCUCAAAGCGCAUGAAAAGCCUAAGGCUUGGGACUCAAGACUCGUUCAAGGAGGUGGUGCGAAGACGCUUGGUAAGCACUGGAAAGGGACUUAUGCCUACUUGCACGACCUUUUCGAGAUGGAUCUCAUUCGUCGGUGCGAACCUGGCAAGGAAUACUUUUUCACCGACAGCAUCGAUCACCAUGACGGUUUUCAGACUCUGGAACUUGACUUCGAACCUGAAGCAAAUAGAGCCCGUUGGCCAAAAGUAUUCGAAUCUCACCUCAACGCCAUGCCUACCAAAGUUCUGUGCAUGAGACUCGACACGCUCUAUAAGACUAAACCUCCUCAAGCCGAACGAAUCCCACGUGUAGGACGUCGCACAAUGGCAGCGUAUACUCGGGGCAACCUCCGUGAGCAACCUCCUCAAGAACCACCCUCACCACCAGGCACACCGGGCGUGAAUCACGUUGACAUCGAGCUACCGCUGCCGCGAAAGAAAAAGCCAUGUUCUCCAACCUCGCCGACCUUUCCCAAGCGCGGUGUUCACUACCACCAGUUCAGCGGCUCAGGAAACGAUGCCGAACCCUUCCACUGCAGCGGUAUCCUACACCCGUUGCCGCCUCAGGAGGGGAUCCCAGGCUGGCACCGUAUCUCGAUGAUGAAAUACUUCGAUCCCUUAGCUCAACCAGACAGCAUGCCACCGCAGUCCGGCACCACCUGGGCUCCUUUCCAGUCUCCGCCAUCCGAGGGGGACGCUCCAUACGUGCCAUACAAGCCAGCCGGCGCCGACUACAACCUCAGUGAUAUGUAUCAGGUCGAUGACGAUGCCCAGAUCAAUGCUGGAUGCUGGGCUUACGAAGGUGUGGUUCUGCCGGGUGGCAUGAUCAUGCUGGGGAGAUGGUGGAGCCCGAUGGACGAUACGGGGUUGAAGAGGUGCAUGGGGCCGUUCAUCUUUUGGAAUGUUGACAAGGAUGAAUGA